GGCGUGUGAGAGUGAGCCACAAGAAAAGGGAGCGCGCCCGCCGCCGCCGCCCUCCUCCGGAGAGAGGCUGGAGUGAGGCUGUGCGAAGCGCCGCAUUUCAAUGAGAGCCGGCAGAGGCGCAUCCCUGCACUAGCGGCUGCAGCUGAGACGCCCGCGCUCCCCAGCUGCUGCAGCCCAGCCCCGGCCCCGCCGCCGCCCCGCAGCCCCGCAGCCCCGGCCGCGCCCAGCCCGGUGAGGACAGCACCAGGAGGCGGCCCCGAGCGCGGCCACAAAGACCCCCGGCAGCGUCUCUCUGCGGACCGGUUCCACUUUAACUCCGUCAUGUCCUUCGGCAGAGACAUGGAGCUGGAGCACUUUGACGAGCGGGAUAAGGCUCAGAGAUACAGCAGAGGGUCGCGGGUGAACGGGCUGCCCAGCCCAACGCACAGUGCCCACUGCAGCUUCUACCGAACCCGCACGCUGCAGACCCUCAGCUCCGAGAAGAAGGCCAAGAAAGUUCGUUUCUAUCGAAACGGAGAUAGAUACUUCAAAGGGAUUGUGUAUGCCAUCUCCCCAGACCGCUUCCGAUCUUUUGAGGCCCUGCUGGCUGAUUUGACCCGAACUCUAUCGGAUAACGUGAAUUUGCCCCAGGGAGUGAGAACGAUCUACACCAUCGAUGGGCUCAAGAAGAUUUCCAGCCUGGACCAACUGGUGGAAGGAGAGAGCUAUGUGUGUGGGUCAAUAGAGCCCUUUAAGAAACUGGAGUACACCAAGAACGUGAAUCCCAACUGGUCUGUGAAUGUCAAGACCACCUCGGCUUCCCGGGCAGUGUCCUCACUGGCCACUGCCAAGGGGAGCCCAUCAGAGGUGCGGGAGAAUAAGGAUUUCAUCCGGCCUAAGCUGGUCACCAUCAUCCGAAGUGGGGUGAAGCCACGGAAGGCUGUCAGGAUUCUGCUGAACAAGAAAACUGCUCAUUCCUUUGAGCAGGUUCUCACUGACAUCACCGAUGCCAUCAAGCUGGACUCGGGAGUGGUGAAACGCCUGUACACCCUGGACGGGAAACAGGUGAUGUGCCUUCAGGACUUUUUUGGUGACGAUGACAUUUUUAUUGCAUGUGGACCGGAGAAGUUCCGUUACCAGGAUGAUUUCUUGCUAGAUGAAAGUGAAUGUCGAGUGGUGAAGUCCACUUCUUACACCAAAAUAGCUUCAUCAUCCCGCAGGAGCACCACCAAGAGCCCAGGACCUUCCAGGCGCAGCAAAUCCCCUGCCUCGACCAGCUCAGUUAAUGGAACCCCUGGUAGUCAGCUGUCUACUCCACGCUCGGGCAAGUCGCCAAGCCCAUCACCCACCAGCCCGGGAAGCCUGCGGAAGCAGAGGAGCUCUCAACAUGGAGGCUCCUCUACUUCCCUGGCAUCCACCAAAGUCUGCAGCUCAAUGGACGAGAACGAUGGGCCUGGAGAAGAAGUGUCGGAGGAAGGCUUCCAGAUUCCAGCCACAAUAACAGAACGAUACAAAGUCGGAAGGACAAUAGGGGAUGGAAAUUUUGCUGUUGUCAAAGAAUGUGUAGAAAGGUCAACGGCUAGGGAGUAUGCUCUGAAAAUCAUCAAGAAAAGCAAAUGUCGAGGCAAAGAGCACAUGAUCCAGAAUGAGGUGUCUAUUUUAAGAAGAGUGAAACAUCCCAAUAUUGUUCUUCUGAUUGAAGAGAUGGAUGUGCCAACGGAACUGUAUCUUGUCAUGGAGUUAGUAAAGGGAGGAGACCUCUUUGACGCCAUUACUUCAACCAACAAAUACACGGAGCGAGACGCCAGCGGGAUGCUCUACAACCUGGCCAGCGCCAUCAAGUACCUGCAUAGCCUGAACAUCGUGCACCGGGACAUCAAGCCAGAGAACCUCCUGGUGUACGAACACCAAGAUGGCAGCAAAUCGCUGAAGCUGGGUGACUUUGGACUGGCCACCAUUGUAGACGGCCCCCUGUACACGGUCUGUGGCACCCCAACAUACGUGGCUCCAGAAAUCAUUGCAGAAACUGGAUAUGGCCUCAAGGUGGACAUCUGGGCAGCUGGUGUAAUCACUUACAUCCUGCUGUGCGGUUUCCCUCCGUUCCGUGGAAGCGGUGAUGACCAGGAGGUGCUUUUCGAUCAAAUUUUGAUGGGGCAAGUGGACUUUCCCUCUCCAUACUGGGAUAACGUUUCUGAUUCAGCGAAGGAACUCAUCACCAUGAUGCUGUUGGUCGAUGUCGAUCAGCGAUUUUCAGCUGUGCAGGUCUUGGAGCACCCCUGGGUUAACGAUGACGGCCUCCCCGAAAAUGAACAUCAGCUGUCAGUAGCUGGAAAGAUAAAGAAGCAUUUCAACACAGGCCCCAAGCCGAACAGCACGGCAGCUGGAGUUUCUGUCAUAGCAACCACCGCUCUUGAUAAGGAGAGGCAGGUUUUCCGACGAAGACGCAACCAGGAUGUGAGGAGCCGGUACAAGGCCCAGCCAGCUCCGCCUGAACUCAACUCGGAAUCAGAAGACUACUCCCCGAGCUCAUCCGAGACUGUUCGCUCCCCAAACUCGCCCUUUUAA